AUGCACUUGGUCAAUUUCUUGGGAUCAGUGGCAAUUUCUGAAAAACCUCUACAGCUUGGCCUGUUGUUUGAAUGGUGUGAUGGUGGCACAUUGGCAACCACGAUUGACAGUGCAGAUUACAAGGCAGGAUACACCAGAGAUGGAUACCCAGUUGCUCAGCGAAUUAUUGUGGAGAUAGUCAAUGGAGUUAAGUAUCUCCACGAUCACGGAAUUGUCCACAGACAUUUGAAACCUGAAUCUAUUAUGUUUACUUCAGAGAAAACUGUGAAAAUUGGAGACAUGGCAAUAGCGAGUCGUGUCAAAGAAGUCAUGGAGUCUAAGAUCCAAAGAAUGACAGUCUACCUUGCCCCAGAGGUGAGACAAAAUAAACCGUAUGCUCUCCCUGCUGAUAUGUACAGCAUUGGUCUUAUAAUGUGGGAAAUCUGGAACAAAUUGAGAAUCCCUCAAGAAUACCAACAAAAUGAAACUGUCUACGACAGAGUUCCUCAAGAUUUGCAGCGUGAUCCCGGAUUUAUUGAAGUGAAGGAAGGAAUUCAAAACACUCAAUGGCAACAAUUGGCAAUCAAAUGUUGGGAUUUACUACCCGAAAAGAGACUCACUGCAAAUGAGGCAUACAAAGAACUUGAAAAAAUCAGAAAUGAAUAA